AGGAAGCCGACGAGAUCGUCCGGGCUGAGCUGCUGGAAGUGCCGAUCUCUCGCCAUCGGAUGACUCUGCAGCUGCAAGACAGAAGUGCAAAGUACUCCAACUUCUCUGAUGCCUCCCGGCAACGCGGCGCUUCUCUCCCCCAGCGGCUUCGUGGACAGCGUGGACCAGACCUACAUCGGCGGCGGCAAGGUGGGCUACAUUCUCUACGCGGAGGGGAAGCGCUUCCUUCUGGAUCUGGAGAAGGACGCGCUCCUCGGGUCUGCCGAGCAGCUUCUCCAAGGCAGGGGCCACUGCUACUACCGGGGCACGGUGGAUGGGAGCCCCCAGUCCUUGGCCCUCUUCAACCUUUGCGGCGGGCUGGAUGGCUACUUUGCAGUCAAACACGCCCGCUACACGGUGAAGCCAUUGCUCCGGAGUGAGGAGGAGGAGCCCGCUAGGGAGAAGAUCUAUGGGGAUGAGGCCACCCAGGUGCUACAUCUCUUCUUCAGGGAUCAUUUCAGCUUCCAAACAUUGCCUUCUCGCCCCACCUGUGAAACUCGAGGCUCCUCUAGAGCCCCGCUUCUUGAUCAAAAAAGACUGGCCGAGGGGCAAGAGAUGCUGGAGACGGAUUUCAUCAGCAGGGCAGCGCUGUCCUCCCCCUUCUCCCAGACAGUGGGUUCUAGGAGUAGGAACAAGCGCUCCACUUCCAGGGCCAGGCAGGUGGAACUACUCCUGGUGGCUGACGACUCCAUGGCCAAGAAGUAUGGCAAAGGUCUGCAUCAUUACCUGCUGACUUUAGCCACCAUUGCAUCCCGGCUCUAUGGGCAUGCCAGCAUUGAGAACCACAUCCGCCUGACGGUGGUGAAGGUGGUGGUGCUGGAUGACAAAGAGAAAGGGCUGGAAGUAAAUAAGAAUGCAGCCACCACACUCAAGAACUUCUGUAAGUGGCAGCACCAACACAACCAACUGGAUGACGAUCAUGAGGAACACUAUGAUGCUGCCAUCCUCUUCACCCGUGAGGAUUUAUGUGGGCAUCAUUCAUGUGAUACUCUGGGAAUGGCUGACGUUGGAACCAUAUGCUCCCCUGAGCGCAGCUGUGCGGUGAUUGAAGAUGACGGCCUCCAUGCAGCUUUUACAGUGGCUCACGAAAUUGGACACCUUCUUGGACUUUCCCAUGACGACUCCAAAUUCUGUGAGGAGAAUUUUGGUUCCAUGGAAGAUAAGCGACUUAUGUCUUCCAUCUUAACAAGCAUUGAUGCUUCCAAACCAUGGUCUAAAUGCACAUCAGCAACAAUAACAGAAUUUCUGGAUGAUGGCCAUGGUAACUGUUUACUGGAUCAACCACGAAAACAGAUCUUGGGGCCUGAGGAGCUUCCAGGACAAACAUAUGAUGCCAUUCGUCAAUGCAAGCUGGCAUUUGGGCCUGAAUACACAGUGUGUCCUGGAAUGGAUGUGUGCUCUCGUCUGUGGUGUGCGGUUGUUCGCCAAGGUCAGAUGGUGUGUUUGACGAAAAAGCUCCCUGCUGUGGAGGGGACGCCAUGUGGAAAAGGAAGGAUCUGCCUUCAGGGAAAAUGUGUUGAUAAAACAAAGAAAAAAUACUAUUCGGCUUCAAACCAUGGGAAUUGGGGAUCCUGGGGGCCAUGGGGACAAUGCUCUCGGACGUGUGGUGGAGGUGUGCAGUUUGCCUAUCGUCACUGCAAUAACCCAGCACCUCGAAACAAUGGACGAUACUGUACAGGAAAGCGGGCCAUCUAUCGCUCAUGUAACAUCAUGCCCUGUCCUGCCAAUGCUAAAGCUUUUCGUCAGGAGCAGUGUGAAGCAAGAAAUGGCUACCAGUCAGAUGCGAAAGGUGUCAAAACCUUUGUUGAAUGGGUUCCCAAGUAUGCUGGCGUGCUUCCAGGAGAUGUUUGCAAGCUCACCUGCCGAGCCAAAGGAACUGGCUAUUAUGUAGUUUUCUCCCAAAAGGUGACUGAUGGAACGGAAUGUCGUCCAUAUAGUAAUUCAGUCUGUGUCCGUGGAAAAUGUGUGCGAACAGGAUGUGAUGGCAUUAUCGGCUCAAAGCUCCAGUUUGAUAAAUGUGGAAUUUGUGGUGGAGACAACUCCAGUUGCACAAAAAUUAUGGGAACAUUUAAUAAAAAGAGUAAAGGCUACACAGAUAUUGUGAAAAUACCUGAAGGAGCAACACACAUCAAAGUUCGACAGUUCAAAGUAAAGGACCAGAGCAGAUUCACAGCCUAUUUGGCCCUGAAAAAGAAAAAUGGUGAGUACCUUGUCAAUGGAAAGUACAUGAUCUCAACUUCGGAAACAAUCAUUGACCUCAAUGGAACUGUCAUGAACUACAGUGGCUGGAGUCACAGAGAUGAUUUCUUGCAUGCAAUGGGACAUACAGGCACAAAGGAGACCCUUAUAGUACAAAUUCUUGCUACCGACCCAGCUAAACUAGUGGAUGUCCGCUACAGUUUCUAUGUGCCAAAGAAACAAGAACAAAUCACAAACUCUGUUCCAAGCAACAGCAGCAGUAACAAACUGAUACCAUCACUCAUCCAGCCCCAGUGGGUGACUGGACCAUGGCUUUCUUGUUCUCGAACAUGUGACAUGGGCUGGCACACAAGAACUGUUCAGUGCAAAGAUGGAAAUGGAAAAUUAGCAAAAGGAUGUCUUUUGUCUCAGAGACCUUCAGCAUUCAAGCAGUGCUUGCUUACUAAAUGUUAA